UGAUGUGACUGUGAGUAAAACAAGAUAUAACGUUCAGGCCGGAGAUGACGUCACACUGGAUUGCUCGAUCUCCUCGUAUCCUGGUCCACUCGAUUCUGUGUUUUGGAUAAAGGAUGGAAGAAUCGUGUACAGCAGCUCUGAUAGAGACACUAAGAAGUAUUCAGGAUCCUCGAUAGCAGAUCCAUCACUGACCAUACACGGUACAACAACAAGUGACACUGGGUAUUAUUACUGUAAAUGUAGAAAAGGAAGAUCAACAGGAGGAAGUAAUUGGAUACAUCUGCGUGUUACAGAAGUGAUUGUACCUGAGACGACUUACUCCGUACUAGCAGGAACGUCUGUGACUCUACAAUGCUCGAUUUCGCCGACAAUAAUUCAAACAACUGUAUACUGGACCAAAGCGGGACGGUCACGACAGGUGUACAGCUCUGACAGUCCACGAAACAGAAAGUAUUACAUACCUCGUUAUACAGACCAAUCACUGACCAUAAGUGAUACAGUGAUAGAAGACACUGGUAGCUACACAUGUCAAGUGCUAUUAUCAAGGGGGGGCUACUCUAGUUCCCCAAUCAACGUGACUAGUUCCCCAGUCAACCUGACGGUCUACAAGCAAUUCACGGCCUCUAUCCGUCCCCACAGUACCGACAUUACUGUACCGGAAGGAAAUCACGUUACAGCGAGAACAUGCGAGUCUGACGACUGCCCACCUGGUUGUGUAACACAGUGGAUAUUACCAAAUGAUGACCGGAGGACCUCGGAUAUCUUCACACGGCCUGUCACUAGGGAACAAGCUGGAAAAUACACGUGUACAGCUAGUAUUGGUGAUAUUAGCAAAUCAGAGUCAUUCUCCGUUACUGUUGACUAUGGUCCAAACAAUAUUUCACUAUCCCCACCUGGUGAUGUGUCUGUACAAGACGGAGCCUGGAUACCUAAACUACAUUGCGAAGCGAGUUGUUCCCCUUCCUGUGCUAUAUACUGGACUGGACCGAAUACCUACCAGGCUGGGAGACGUGGACUCGAUCUAUUUAUCGGAUACGCAGACAGGAAUAAUCGUGGUGUCUAUGUCUGUGUGGCAUCCAACGACUAUGGAAACAUAUCAGCCUCUCUGAGGGUUAAUGUAACUUAUGGACCCAAAGAGAUAGUUUUGGAACCAACCCUUCGGACAUACACGAUGUUGGAAGGCGAAAAAAUGCCAACUGUCCUCUGCACAGCUGACUGUAACCCCGCGUGUCACGUGACCUGGACGACGAACAAUGACCGUGUCAGUGGUAAUGGCACCCUAUCUCUCGGUAGGCUGGAUACCAGUAAAGAUGGUACAUAUACAUGUACUGCCCGGGGCGGAACCAGAACCGAAACCGUGACCAUCAAUGUCACAACUUCAUAUGGUCCAAAAACUAUUUCGCUAUCCCCACCUGGUGAUGUGUCAGUAGAAGAGGAAGAGAGGAUAGAUGUUCGAUGCCAGGCGAGUUGUUCCCCUUCCUGUGAUAUAUGCUGGACAGGACCGAAUACCUACCAGGCUGGGAGACGUGGACCCAAUCUAUUAAUCAGACACGCAGACAGGACUGAUCGUGGUGUCUAUGUCUGUGUGGCAUCCAACGACUAUGGCAACAUAUCAACUUCUUUGAGGGUUAAUGUAAACUAUGCUGGUUCUGACAUUAAAUUAGUUCCCAACGAUACCCAUUACUCGGACAAAGAGGGAACCGUCCUGCCGGAUAUCCGGUGUGUAGCUGAAUGUAAUCCCGCAUGUGAGAUGUCAUGGUACCAUGAUAGGACCGGUCGUUUAGUUGUGGGAAGUACCUUGUCCUUGAAAAAUAUGAAAAGGUCAAAGGAUGGAAACUACAUGUGUAAUGCUACGAACAACCUGGGGCCACAGACUUUGAGUCUGACCGUAGUGUCUCUCUUUCCUCCAGAGGUACUCCGAAAGGACUUGCUGAAUACCUCGUAUGAUGUGGACGAGUGGGACAGUGUAUUUAGCAGUAUUUCCGUUGACGCGUCACCUCUCCCGCAGGCUGACCUUGUGCAUGUUGGAGUAGAUCAACAGGAGGCUACUAACGUCGUACUGCAGUCUCAGAGACAACCUGUCUCCUAUAGGACCGAGUUUUCCUACAGCAUCAGAAAUAUCACAUACUCUGAUGUGGGACACUACACACUUACCGUGUCUAACUCACAGGGGGACUUCACAUACAAGUUCUCAAUCAACAUCAUACAUGAAGGAUCAUUUGGUAAUGGUGGUGGUGCCAGUCAUCUGACAGCUGUUUUGGUUAUCAUUGUGGUAACAGUCAGCAUCGCAAUUAUGCUUGUGAUUGUUGCUCUCAUUUUUGUCUUCAGACGGAAGCAAAACAGAGAAAGACAAGAUAAAAACAGUGGUGAUUCUGAUGGCACCCUCAAUGGAGAGCACAAUGUUUUAUAUGGACACCAGGAAGACGCACCGGCAGGCCUCCGCGGGUUUCCACAACAGCCUGUUGACGACGCAGAAGGCUUCAUUGGGAUUCACGACGCAGAAGGACGACCGAAGCCUGUGAAUGAUGUGUAUGCUGAGGUUGUCAGACCAAGUAGCAACAAUAGACCCGCAUCUGCUGGACCUAGCAACGUAUACGGUACAGGAACAAAGCCCAGUGCAACAGACAGAGCCAAGUCUGCUGGGCCAAGAGACAUAUAUAGUACAGUAUCAAAACCCACAGCUGGAAAAAAUCAGGAGCUAGGCCCAGAAACAACAAGGACAACAAACAAAGAUGGCCUAGUGUACUUAGAGGUAGAUUUCACCAAGAAGACAGACGGCGAAGAGACUGGAAAGGUUGCCAUCCAUGGUAUAGAGAACAAGUGUGAUUACGGGGAAAUUGACUUCUCGAAGAAAGUCAAUUUACCAGAAGAUAUGGAAAACUGAGGAACUCCCAGUCAGAUACUUAUUGCUUGUACGCUAUUGAAGUAUCUGUGCAAGGAUGUCUAUUUAGUUAUUCCGUCGCCAGUGUGCCUAUGCAAAGUCAUAAGCAAUCAUGAUGUGCAGAAAGUUGUUUCUUUGGAGAUAUAAUCUUUCAGGUAUUUUUGUUUUCGCCCGCCUUGGUAUUACUUCCUUGUUAUUUUUUAAGAAUGGUAUGGUCAUAGAAAAUCUAUUUCAUAAAACACUUUGCCGUACAUAUAUUUAAAAAGAGUUCGGCAACAUGCAUAAUCAUGUACAAAGCUCUAUCCGUAGAGGUAGACUAUGUUGAUCUAAAUUAGUUUAAAACUAACACGUUUUACCUGAACCUCUGACAAGAGUUUAAAACUAACACGUUUUAACUGAGCCUCUGACAAGAGUUUAAAACUAACACGUUUUAACUGAGCCUCUGACAAGAGUUUAAAACUAACACGUUUUAACUGAGCCUCUGACAAGAGUUUAAAACUAACACGUUUUAACUGAGCCUCUGACAAGAGUUUAAAACUAACACGUUUUAACUGAGCCUCUGACAAGAGUUUAAAACUAACACGUUUUAACUGAGCCUCUGACAAGAGUUUAAAACUAACACGUUUUAACUGAGCCUCUGACAAGAGUUUAAAACUAACACGUUUUAACUGAGCCUCUGACAAGAGUUUAAAACUAACACGUUUUAACUGAGCCUCUGACAAGAGUUUAAAACUAACACGUUUUAACUGAGCCUCUGACAAGAGUUUAAAACUAACACGUUUUAACUGAGCCUCUGACAAGAGUUUAAAACAAACACGUUUUAACUGAGCCCCUGACAAGAGUUUAAAACUAACACGUUUUAACUGAGCCCCUGACAAGAGUUUCCAGUUAGAUCACUCACGCAGUGACUCACAUAUUUUAGUCGUAAUUUUGUAUUGAUAAAUGGAUUGACUUGUCUCCCCUUUACCAACAGAAAAUAAUAAAUGAGUCGAACCAUAUCGAAAAAGGCAUCUCAACUACAUUGACUAUAAUCAAAUAUGGCAUGAAUUGAGCUGUCGAUUGAACAAGAGGCCAAAUGGGCCUGCAUCGCUCCCCUGGUGUUAAUCAAACACGUGUAACCUUUGGACUAAAAUAAAGCUACAGGCAAAAUAAAGUAUGUAUGACGCUAAGUCAUUCAAAAGAACCCGGUAAAAAUUAAAACAUUUGACUCCUGUGUCCUUGAAAAUCUAACAAGGUUUUUAAGUUGAACAAGCUUUAUAACCCUUAUUCCAGCAUGCAACCUGCCGAAUAUCACUUACCUAAAACUGUUGUUUAUUGACAUUAGGUCAUAAAUCAAGUUUAUAUACAUUUGACAAUACCUAACCUUGAAAGAAGGUAAAGACCAUAAACGAACUUUGUAGCCGUUCAUCCCUGCAUUCUACUAGCCAAAUAUCAUCACCAUGGGUCUACUAGCCAAAUAUCAUCACCAU